AUGGCUCCUCCACUGGAUAAUUAUGGGCUGGUGAUCAGAGGAUAUGCUAGAGCGAAUUUUUUGGUACGUGCCGAAAAUGUGUCUAUGGCCCACUUCGGUGUCAGUAUGGGGAACCAUGUAGGGCUGAGGGCGCCAACCUGCUGGGUGCUUCAGCUGCCGGGCCGGCGAGGGCUGGGCCCGGGCGGCUGGGCGGUGCAGGCCAAGGUCACCAUCUACACGUGGCUGGGGCUGCUGAAGCACAAGAAGCACUACGUGGACGGGCUGCCCACGGGCUACGUCGAGUCGCACGAGCUGCGCAACGCCGACCGCCAGACGGCGCUGCCGCCCGCGCACAUCCGCUACUGCGACAAGCACACGUUCCAGCUGCGGGCGCACGUGUACCAGGCGCGCUCGCUCAUCGGCUCGGACGCCAGCGGCCUCUCCGACCCCUUCUGCCGCGUGCUGCUCAACGAGCUCAGCGGCGCCACGCGCGUGCAGGAUGAGACGCUCAGCCCCACGUGGGACGAGCUGCUGGUGCUGGAGCCGUUGGAGCUGUACGGGUCGCCCGUGCACAUCCGCGACCACCCGCCGCAAGUGGUCGUGGAGAUCUUCGACCAGGACCAAGUGGGCAAGGCGGAGUUCAUCGGGCGCUGCGUGGCCGAGCCGCUGGUGAAGCUGGCCGGCGAGCCGUACGCGCGCCCGCGCUUCCCGCCCGCGCUGCAGUGGCACGAGCUGCGACGCGGGCCCGACCGCGCGGGCGAGCUGCUCGCCGCCUUCGAGCUGCUGCAGCGCACGUGGGUUGAAACAAUAGGCAAUUAA